CCCAAGCCAAAAGUCACCCUUAGGAGUUCCAAUUAAGCAUCAAGCAUCAAUUCUCAAGCUUCGUCAUCCCAAUUUGAGCAUCAAUUCAAGGUCAAAUGGCUCCUAAACGACAAAAUGAUGCUACUUCUUCCUCUUCAUCCGUACCACGCUUCACCUCCCCGGAGAAUGAAGCUUGAUACGAUCAAAGGAAGAAGUGGAAAAUUGUGAUUGAAAAGACCGUGCAUCCGGAGAUCGAAGCUCUCUAUCGACUCUCCGACGCUUUUCACAAAUUGGGAUGGGCCGUCAUGCUCACUUUGACUGGGGCAUUCUACCCGACGCUUGUACGGGAGUUCUAUGCCAAUAUUGAGAGGAAAAUGGACCCGUUUGGGAAUAUUGUGAGCACUGUUAAAGGCACAAAAAUCACCAUUAGCAAACAACAAUUGAGCAACUUGCUUCGCGUCCCCAACGACGGUCAUCCGGUUGAAAUGAACUCUGUAGUGGUGCUCACCAACCCCGCUUACAAGGAGAUUGAUGUCAUGAACAACUAUGGAUUCGAUGAAGAACUCAAGGCCCGUGUUCUUGAACCCCGAGAGAGGCUAAUUGCAUACCUUUUGAGCUUCAACAUCUUGCCAAGAGCUAGUGACACGCAUGUGCUUCGGCGGUUGGACCUCUAUCUCAUGCACAAAAUGAUGAACGGGCUUGGAGAAAUCGAGGGCAUUCCGUUGGCCCCUCUCAUCAUGACAGAAAUGAGGGGCGUCGUCAAAACUAAAAGAGGUGAUAAAAACUUUAUUUAUCCUCUUUUACUCACAAUGAUUUUCAGGAGUUUUGGCGUCGAUCUUAGAAAUGAAGAGGUAGAGUACACCACCGAAGCCCAAAUUUUGAGGCCAAGCACUAUGGUGUCCCUCCACUUCAAGAAGGUGGGAGGCGCAUGGGUUCGCAAGGAUGAUAAUGGGGACGAAGAGAUGGGAGAAGCCGCCGCACAACCCGCAGCCCGGCCACGACGAACUGUGGCACAUGGCAUUGAUUAUAUUGUUGAGUCCAUGGACCGUAUGCAUACGCGGAUGGACGUGUACGAAGCUAACCAAGAGGACCUCUGCACCCGUCAAACAGGGAUGGAAGAGCAUUUGGAC